UGGAAAGCGUGUAAAGAGAAGCCAGCGCUCGAUUCCCGGGAGCGCGCGUCGCUUCAGCGAACGCAACAGCCAGCGGGCGGCGGCGCAGAAAACAAACCGAGGGGCGCGCACACUGACACGCACAUUCACAAACGCGGACAUCGCAGCAAAAUCACCGAAGUGGGAUUAUUAGCCACGGAUUGUCGCGUUUAGGCCUGAAUGCUUGUUUUAAAAAGGAGCGUAGGUAGAGCGUGUCGGGGAUCGCGUGCGCGCGCUCAGCCACCGGAGUCCGUGACGUCAGCGCUGCCGGUGCCGAGAGGCGUUCUUAGAAUAGACUUCUAGGAAACAGUCAAUUUGACAAAAGCCAAGCCUUUGCGCUGCGUCCCCUUUGCACAUUGGAAGCUCCCGAUUCUGGCGACAACACACUCCACAAAACGAGGCCGCUAAAUCUAACUAUUAUUUAAAAGGCACCACCAAAUAAACGUCGUAUAUUUUGGCGAGCAACAGGGCAACGUCGCGCGUUUACACAAAUUGACAAACAACCACCGCUUUUUUGUUGUUGUUGAAAUAUCGAUAUCUAUAUAUUUCUUACAAGGUAUUUUUGCUUAGCUUGAUCUUUUUUAACAAAGAGAGAGGAGGGGAAUACGACUGAAAUUAAAGUGUGGCUUGAGUAUGAUUCUCUGUGUGCCAGGUCCCCGAGGUCAUUUGCCCACCGCUCCAUCGACUGAGGCCCCCCUGAGGGGCAUGCGGGCAGGAACGGUUGCGUCUGCGCCUUGCCUUCAGAGCAGCCCGCCAAUAUGGGAUCCCACCAAGGAUCUGCGGGCCAUUGCAAGCAAUUUCUGCUACCUAGAGACAUCAGGAUGGUACUGGGGAGCUGUAAGUGCGGCCCAGGCACACGGUGCACUUCAAGAGGCCUCUGAGGGGGCUUUUCUGGUACGGGACAGCAGCCACCCUCUGUAUAUGCUUACCCUCUCGGUCAAGACGGCCCGCGGUCCCACCAGCAUACGCAUCCAGUACAGCUGCACUCGCUUCUUGCUGGACUGCAGCUCGCCGGCCCGGCCCAGCCUGUCGUCCUUCCCCAACGUGCCCAGCUUGGUCCAGCACUACAUGGGAUUGGAGAGGAGAGCUCAAGACGAGGAGGGGAGCACGGCGGCCAAGGAGGCCUCUUCCAAAGUGACAAUCCAAGAGGCGUCGGCGUCGGUGGUGCUAAAAUUAAAGCGGCCCGUGUACAAGCCACAGGGCCUGCCCUCCUUGCAGCACCUCACCCGCCUCGUCAUCAACAGGCAUUCGGAGAGCCACGACCAGCUACCACUCCCCAGGCCUCUGCUGCGUUUCUUACAGGAAUACCCUUUCAAGUUAUGAGGCUUGUUUCGACUGCAAAGGAGGACAAACACACGAAAUGGUCCUUCCCCCCCCACAUGGAAAUGACAUUUGCUGCUUCGAAACUUUGGACACAGGGUCUUUUUUUUUUUAAAACAUGUUCAUAUCAGCGCACACGAGUGUGUAUCAUAUUUGGACUGAAUUGCAUGAGAUGCACAUACACUGAUUACACGCCUUUGCUGUCUUUUCUCAGUAAAACCCUUUUCUACCUUUUA